AUGGGGAACGCAGCGUCCAGACCGCCGCCCUACCAGCGCCUGCGGGAAGAAGCAAGGGCCAGUGCAGAACGCGCUCGAGAGUUAGCUGAGGAUUCGCGAGCCGCUUAUGAGCGAGGGCAACGCGCACUUGCGAAGGAGCUGCUCGACGAAAGGAAGUAUUACAAGGAACUCUCGGAACGAUGUGAUCGGGAGGCGAGCAAACUGAUUUUUGCUGCUCGCAACGACGGCAGUCACCUUCGGUCUGCCACAUUAGACAUGCGCGGGUUACUCGUCCACGAAGCGUUGGAACGGGUCGCGGAUCGCCUCAAACAAGCGAGGGCAAGGAACGAAGUGGAGUUUUGGGUUAUAACGGGAGGCGAAAACCGCGCUGGCGGGAUGCCCCGGGUGAGGCCUGCGGUGAAGGCGUGGGCUGCGCGACGGAAUAUAGAUCCACCCUCCUCCUCUUGCGGAACUCAAUCAGCACGACACACCAAUCACAUCGCUCCAAGUGGCCAUCCCUGCCACGUCAGCAUGGCCCCUUGCUGCAUCGAGGUCAACCAAUGGGGCCUGGACCCUCCAGGGUACACAGGACAGCGUGCGCGCUCCUCGGCCUGUGUCUCUUCCAUCGCCCACCUUCCUCCCCCAUACACCCGUCUCCACCCUCCAGGCUCCGUGCUGCUAUGGAACAUGAUGAUGACGGGUGCACCCCCCUCUACCUCUGCCCUGUGCAGGUGCCUCCUCUCUCCUCUCACCACGACUUCUGUCAUCAUUUUCUCUCUCCCUUUUGCUCCCGCACUGCUCCCCUCUACUCCUCCAGGCUCCGUGUUGCCGUGGGACAUGCGAGCGCCCCCCUCUGCUUCUGUCCCCGAGAGGUGCCGCCUCUCCCCUCUCACCAUGACUCCUGUCAUUGUUCCCUCUCUCUCUUUUGCUCCCACACUGCCUCUCUCCCCUCCUCCAGGUUCCGUGCUGCUGUGGGACAUGCGUGCCCCCCCUUCUGCCUGUGUCCCCUGGAGCUGCCGCCUCUCCCCUCUCACCACCACCACUGCUCCCACGUCACCACUAGCAGUGACAGGGCUGGUGUUCUCGUACGGGGGUCUGCAUGUCACUGCUGCUGACUCUACAGGGGGGCUAAGAGUGCUUGAGGUGAGGCUUUAA